AUGACCAUGGCCGAGGCGGGCGCGGAUGCCGAGGCCGAGUGGACGCUGGCGCUGCGGCAGGUGUUCCAGGACGUGCAGCUGCAGGCGGUGGAGGUCAGCAGCUACGUGCGCAACCCGUCGGGCGCGGCCCACCAGCGCACGCUCGUGCCGGCGGUGCGGCGCCUGGGCGCGCUCUUCGCGGACGCGGUGCGCGACGGCAAGCGCGGCGUGGCGGAGGAAGCCUUCGCGCUGUUCCUGGAGGAGACGUGGCUGGCCGUGGCGCGCGUGCUGGCGGCGCCCAAGGCGUGCGACGUGGUGCUGCUGGCGGUCGCGUCCUUCGCGGGCGAGUUCCUGCGGCGCGCGAGCGCCAAGAGCAAGGAGCCGCGCGGCAAGGACGAGCUGCGCGCCGAGCUGCUCAAGCGCCUCAUGGACGCCACGGCCGCCGAGGACCGCGUCGUGCGGCUGCGCGCGUGCCACAUGCUGCAGGUCGUCGUCAACCGCCUCGAGUACAUCGAGGAGGAGCUGGCGGCGCAGCUGAGGAAGACGCUGCUGCGUCGGCUGAACGACAAGUUGACGUCCGUGAGGAUCCAGAGCGUCUAUGGCCUCAAGAAGCUGCAGGGGACGCCGGCCAAUGACGAAGAAGAAGAAGAGAAGGAGGAAGAAGAAGACGAAGUGACGCGCGAGCUGAGGAAGCUCAUGGUGUCCGACCCGUCCAAGGACGUGCGCAAGGCGGCGCUGCUGAGCCUGACCUUGAGCAAGAAGCUGUACCAGGACCUGCUCGUGCGCAUCCGCGACGCGAGCGAAGACGUGCGCCACGCGGCGUUCCGCACGAUCGGCAGCUCCGUCCCGCUGGCGGACAUCCCGAUGAGUGACCGCGCGCAGCUGCUGGACCAAGGCCUGCAGGACCGCGCGCCGCGCGUGAAGAGGGCGUGCGAGCACAUGGUGCUCAAGAAGUGGUUCCCGGAGUGCGAGUCGUCGCCGGUGCUGCUGCUGCAAGCCUUGGACAUUGAGCAGUACCCGGAGAUCGGCUCGAAGGUGUCGCGCCUGCUGCUGAAGCACUUCUCGGAGCAGCCCCGAGCGAUGCUGGAGAAGGAGGGCGUCGUGGAGUUCAACGCGCUGGAGCUCAUGUCGGAGAACAGCGACGGGUUCAGCGCUGAAGGCGUUUUCUUCUGGAGAGAGCAGUGCUACUACUACCAGAAGAUCGACAACAACCCGGACAAGUCGGCGAUGCUACUGCCCAACGUUUCGGACUUCAGCAAGAUGCUGGUGGAGACGUGUAAGGCUAAGAGUGACGUCCUCUUCAUUGCGCAGCAGCUACUGGAGCUUGGACACUUGCUCGACUUCCAAGACGAGUUUGGACGGCGCAACCUGCUGGGUUCCCUUCAAAAACUCCUGCGUGAGCUAGAGACGGAUAGCCAGCUGAUUAAAGGGAUCAUGGAGUUGAUGGCCUUUGUAUACUCUGGAAGCUCGGAACAGGAGUUCAUCCAGGUUGUCGCCGAAAUCGUGUCCGACAUGUACGACCCUGUCGAGGCAGGAAACGUUGAGAUUUCGUUGUCGCAGCCCGAAGACUCGGAGAUCUCGUCGUCGCAACCAAAAUCGGCCGAUGAUGAAGCGCCAGCUGUCGACUUUGGCCCUCAGUUGAAAAAGUUAAGUGACGAGGAGCGCGAAGAAGCUGAGGAUCGGUUCGAAGAGCUGGAAAAGCGUCUUGAGAAGCUCGAGUUUGAUUCGGAAGAGUACAACAAGGUCCAAGCGGAAAUGGUGGAAUUGGAGACGCUCCUGCAGGACCCGAAAGUGCUGAGCUGGCUUCGAUGCCUUGAGAUCGUGGCUCAGCUCCUCAAGCUCACGUCGCACAACCUAAGCGACCCCGUUGUCGAAGGAAUGGGUCGCUAUAUCUUGCCUGCAAUCGACAGUGAUGUUCCUGCAUUGCGCGAAGCUGGUCUGGAGAACCUCGGGCUGUUCUGUUUGCUUGACAAGCGCCUCGCUGAGCGCUACUUGAUUGUUUUCUGGCGUGCGCUGAACAACCCAGAAGAAGAGAGCGAGGUCAAGCACACGUGCGUGCAGUCCAUCCUGGACAUGGCGUUUAGUUUUUUGAAUCUGCAGCCGCAUAUUUUCGGGACAAAGCAAACUGAGGAUGGUGGUGAAGCUAAAGAAGAUAAAGACGAAGAGGCUAAGGAGAGCAGCGGCCAGGACGAAGUCGAUGCCGACAGCAUUGCAGACCAGGACGUGGAUAUGGAGAAGGACGCGGAGCCUGAGCCUCCUGCAGCCCCUGAGAAGCUCGAUAUGGACACCAUCUUCAUCGGUCUGGGCCAGUUGAUCGCCGUCGAUGAUUUGGAUCUGCAGAGUACGAUUGUGGAAGGGUUCUGCAGGCUGUUCAUGUUGAACCGGAUUGAUAACAUCACCGUGUUGGCCAUCCUGCUCGAGACUUACUUCAGCCCAAAGCUUCAGAAGGUGCAGAAACUCGGCGAGCAUGGGUUCCAGUCACGCUCGCUUCAGCUGCUUAGCAUCUUCUUCCCUGCCUUUGUCAUGGCGACUGCGGCGAACUGCAUGCUGUUGGAGGAAGCUGCUACGCAUUUGAUCCAGAAGUCUAUGGAGAAGCUGGAGAUGGAGACGGACAGUGAGAGUGAAGCCAUGCUCGAUUUGGGUGCUUGCUCCAAGUACGUUAUGCAUCUGCUGAGCCACAACGAGCAAGAGGAAGAGGCCGCGAUCGAUUCGGUGAAGCCGGCGAGGAAGAAGCGCUCGAAGAAGCCAGAGCGGCGCCGCUGCGCUCACCACAACCGGAUCGGCAUCACGAUCUGCCUGGAGAUGCUGGCGCUGGAAAAGGUGGCUGCAAUGGACGAUAUUCACUCGGACGUGGUGAUUCGGCGACAGAAAGCUCUGCUAAAGAUGAUUGCGUGGGUGGAGGUCACGCUCGAUGAGAAGCGAUCUGCUGCGCUGUUCAAGUUCCUGCUGGAAGAGAUCUCUUCGAAGUGCUUCAGCUCUCAGAGAGGACUGCUUCGCAGCGCAGAGGCAGUGCUUAAGCGCACGUCGGCAAGCUUCAAUGAGCAAAGCACCGACGAAGGUGAUAAUGAGCAGCAGGCGUCCGCUGUGGAGCAAGAUCAGACAUGGGCCCAAGGUCUUGUUAAAGAGCGAGAGGAGGUGCUCCACAAGGUGCUGCUGACGGCGAGUGCGGACCACGAGAAGUGGCUGAAGCAGCAAGAGAGGGAGAAGAAGGCUCAGAGACGGCGAACAGCGCGGUACGUUUCGUCUGGUUCGUCGGAUUCGAGCGACAGCGAGGAGAGUGAGGGAGACGAUGACGAACCGGCCGCUGCCCCGGCACGUCGUGAGCUUUCAUCUCGUCGUAGCAAGACGGCAGCUGUGAGUCGCAUGCACGAAAAGGAGGGCGAGUUCGAGGCGAAAAUCAAGCAGGCCCUUCAGGACGACGAUGCGGACGAAGAGGACGAAGAGGAGUACGACGAGGAGGACAGUGAAAGCGAGUCGGGCGAAGAAGAAGAGUCCGCGGCCGAGGAGGAUGAGGAGUCGGCGGCCGAGGAGGAAGAAUGA